AUGACUCGGUUGUGCCCGGGCAUUUGUCUCAAAGCCCUUCGGCUUUUCCCAGGCUCCGGUGCCGGGCUGGAGGAGAAGCUCCCGCACGUCGAGAGGUACGAGACGGUGCUGCCGCGGGAGCUGCCGCUGCCCCGGGGGAAGAGGGACCUUUCUGCACCUCCGAGCACCUACCCGGGCCACAUCCUCUACGGCAUCCGUGCCGAAGGCAGGGAAUAUCUCCUGUGGCUGGAGAAGAACAGGGCCCUGCUGGGGCAGCACUACACCGAGACUCACUACUCGGCCAAUGGCACGGAGAUCACGGAGAAGCCGGACACCCAGGAUCACUGCUUCUACCAGGGCCGCGUGCGGGGACACCCCGACUCGGCAGCGAGCAUCAGCACCUGCAGCGGGCUCAGUGGGUUUUUCCGGGUGAAUGAGACCACCUUCCUGCUGGAGCCGCUGGAGGGGGCGGUGGCCGGCCGGCACGCCGUGUACCGAGCAGCUCACCUGCGGGGGAAACGCGGCACCUGCCGGGAGCCCGGCACCACCCUGGAGUACGACCGCGAGCCCAAAAUCCCCGCAGCCAUGAAGCUCUACCGCUGGAAGUCAGGUCCGAUACAAAAGGGUCCCCGGUACGUGGAGCUGGUCCUGGUGGCGGACAACCAGGAGUUCAGGAAGCACAAGGAUCUCCGCACCGUGCAGAACCGCAUGAAGGAAAUCGUGAACCACGUGGACAAGCUCUACCAGCCCCUUCGCCUGCGGGUGGCCUUGAUUGGCCUGGAGGUGUGGAACCACAGGGACAAAAUCACCGUCAGCCCCAACCCCGAGGUGACACUGGACAACUUCCUGCACUGGCGGGAGUCGGAGCUGCUGCGGAAGAAACCCCACGACAACGCCCAGCUGAUCACGGGUGUCGAUUUCCACGGCAACACUGUGGGGCUGGCCAAGAAGCUGGUGAUGUGCACCAGAGACUCGGGCGGCGUCAACCAGGAUCACAGCACAAACCCCAUCGGCGCCGCAUCCACCAUGGCUCACGAGAUGGGGCACAACCUGGGCAUGUCUCACGACGAAGACGUCGCCGGCUGCCGCUGCCCCAUCCCCAAAGCUGACGGGGGGUGUGUCAUGGCAGGGAGCGUUGGGCUGGUUUACCCCAAGCUCUUCAGCCGGUGCAGCGAGCAGGACAUGUGGCAGUUCCUGGGGGACCCUCGCACCAGCUGCCUGCUGAACGUGCCGCGGGCGGACGAGCUGUACGGGGGGCCGGUGUGCGGGAACCAGUUUGUGGAGCGGGGAGAGCAGUGUGACUGCGGCACUCCAGAGGAGUGCUCGGACCGCUGCUGCAAUGCCACCACGUGCCAGCUGAGAGAGGGAGCCGAGUGUGCCCGAGGGGAAUGCUGCCAGGACUGCAAGGUGAAGGCUGCAGGAGCGCUCUGCCGGGCCAGCAAGAACGACUGCGACCUUGCCGAGCACUGCAGCGGCCUCAGCGCCGAGUGUCCGGAGGAUGUGUUCCAGGAGAACGGCAUCUCCUGCCAGCACGGCAAUGGCUACUGCUACAACGGGGCCUGCCCUUCGCACGGCGAGCAGUGCCGGGCGCUCUGGGGCGCAGAGGCGCAGGUGGCUCCCGACGUCUGCUUCAAGCACAACAGCGAGCAGCACGUUCACCUGCACUGCCUCACCGAGUACGGGAAGCAGCCCUGCAGCCCCAAGGAUGUCAAGUGCGGCACGCUGCUGUGCCUGAGCGACAGCGCCCAGCCCAUCCUCGGCAGCGGCUACUACUCCUUCGGCUACUUCUUCGGCCGCUUCAAGUGCAAGGCGGUGAUCGCGGGCAGCGACGCCGGCGAGGCGGCCGAGCUGCGGCUGGUGCCCACCGGAGCCAAGUGCGGGGAGGAGAUGGUCUGCUACGCCGGGCGCUGCCAGAACCUCCUGGUCUACGGCGACAAGAACUGCUCGGCCAAGUGCAACAACCACGGGGUGUGCAACCACAGGCGGGAGUGUCACUGCGACCCCGGCUGGGCAGCGCCCUACUGCGAGCAGGAGAUUUCGGGGAUAGCCGCGGGGAGCGGCAGCGUGGUGCUGGCGGCCGUGCUGGCCGUGCUGGCCCUGGCCGGCAUCGGGCUGGGCAGCGGCGUGGUGCUCCUCAGAGCCAGGGCGGCGCGGCGCUCCCACAAAGGGAGCUCCGGCGGGACUCCCUCGGGCCUCGCCAACCCGCUGUUCCAGGAGGGAGGCCGGACGCGGCCGGGCCGCCGCCAGCUGUCCGGCCGGGACAUCGGCCAGCCCAGCCUGGUCAGCAGCACCGCGGCCCCGCGGGCUGCCCGGGCACACAGCCCCCUGCUCACCCUGCAGCCGGCGGCACCCGGCCCGCAGGGGACCCCUCCGGGAUGGUCCCCGCAGGCGAAGCCGAAGCCGCCCAGCAAACCUCUCCCAGCGCUGAAGGGCAAAGUGCCGAGCCGCGGCGAGGGACCGGCCCUGCCACCGCCAGCCUUUCAGCGGUGUCCCCCGCCGAAGGUGGCCCUGAAGCCGCCCCCAGGCAGGAGGUGACCAAGGAUGCUCCAUCCGCCACGGCGGCCGGCAGAGGAGCGGCACAGCUGGGUGGGCGGCACGGCUGGGCAGCCACCGUCUCGCUUCCACCCUUACUUG